GGAGCAAGGCUCGGCUCGGCUCGGCUCGGCAUGGGGAGCCCGCGACGCCUGCUGCUGAUCUCCAACUCCACCCUGCCCGGAGGAGGGUACCUGGGCCACUGCCAGCAGCACAUCCAGAGCUUCCUAGGGCAGAACGUGAGGCGGGUGCUGUUCAUCCCCUACGCCCUGCACGACCGCGACGCCUACGCCCGCACGGCCAGGGAGAAGUUUGAAAGCCUGGGUUAUGGGCUGGACAGCAUUCAUGAAUCUUGUGAUCCAGUAGAAGCUGUAAGGAAAUCUGAAGCAAUAUUUAUUGGAGGUGGGAACACAUUCCGUCUCCUGAAAGCUCUUUAUGACAACUGUCUGAUACAUGAGAUCAGGAAAAGAGUUCUUGAGGAUGGGAUUCCUUACAUGGGAUCCAGCGCAGGAACCAACGUUGCCACUGUCAGCAUCAAUACCACCAAUGACAUGCCAAUUGUUUAUCCACCUUCCCUGCAGGCUCUAGGAUUAGUUCCUUUUAAUAUUAACCCUCACUACCUGGACCCAGACAUUAAAAGAACUCACAUGGGUGAGACAAGAGAGGAAAGAAUCCACCAGUACCACGAAGAACCAAACACCCCUCCAGUUCUGGGCUUGCGGGAAGGUACGAUGCUGUUAGUGGAAGGAGAUAACGCCACGCUGCAAGGAGUGACAGGAGCACGUCUGUUUUUGAGGGGUAAGAAACCAACUGAACAUGAGCCUGGAACAGAUUUCAGUUUCCUCCUGACUGACAGCAAUCCCCUGAAUCCAUAGCCUUCCAUAUUCUGCAGCACAAGUUACUAUAUAGGGAAGACAAUGAGGAAAAAGGAAAGAUAUGCUUGUUGUCCCAGAGUAGGUGGGGUACUUCAGCUUUAUAAAUAAAGAUCAAUAUGCAUUAGUUGGAUUCUUUUCCUCACCCUAAUGCAUGCCUCAGACACCUCCUUCCCAGCAAAAAGACACUUUUUGUUGCAAUACUUGGAGAAUCAUAGCUAAUCAAAGCUUGAAGGGGCCUAUACAUUCACAUAUCCACUUUGAUUCCUUCCCCACCAAAAUAAAGCUGCCUUAACACAAUUGAGACAGGACACUGUCAGCUCUUCCUGCUGCCUACUUUUACCUGCUACACAAAAGAAUUGUUCAUUCAGUGUACUCCCACACUUAGUUUAAUUUUUGUGCUAUUAAUAAAGGGAGAAGUUAUGCAUUCAAUUACUUUUAUUUGCUUCAGACUCAUGUUAAAUAUAUACAAUGCUAAUUAUGUACAAAAGUGUGCAUGUUAAAAAUUUUCAGGUUACAAACUUGCAAAUCCUAGAAAAGUGCAAAAUUUUAAAACAUCUUCCACCAUGCUGUACAGGAAAAAAUUCCAUCAUUAGCCAAUAUACACACUCUUAAAACAUAUUGAUCAAACCAAAGUAAGACAUACAGUAUACCCUUAAAGCACCCAGAGGGAAAAAGAUAUUGCACAGAAGACAGACAGCAAGUUCAUUACAGUGCCUGAAGGCUCAUUUCUGAAAGUAGCUAUUUCCAACACUCCUCAGACCUAACAUUUAGCUCUUUGAAAAGGCAUUUUUUGGCAUUUAAAGAUCCAUUUGUAAUCACGUAAUUGCACAAUCUGUAAGAAUUAUCAGAAGAUAUGGUUAACUUUGCUGUAAGGCCUUUGCUUCCACCCCCUGAUUAGCUUCAGUAAAAAAUCAUCAGAAAACUGAGUAGCAUCACAGCUUCCAUCAAAACACUGACCAAAGGGAGGUAAGUCUCACAUGCAGCAUUUCCCUUGUCCUAAGUAGCUCCUGCAGAAUCAGAAUACAUAUUCCAAGUUUUUCUUUAAUUCUUUUUUCCCUAUCAUGGCUUUCUUUAAGAAACAACUCACUGCUGCAUAUGACUAAAGUAGUACUAUCAGGUGCAAGACUUCAGUUUAUUUUAAAGCUAUUUCAAGGCAAAAAGUAUGGCUCCCUUGAGAGGAGAAUACUGACUAGGCAGGAAGCUAAAUAAACAAGUGACCUCCAAGUUCAGUUAGAUCUAUGAUAUAUAUGGCUGGAUGUUUUAUAUUCCAAUCUCAAAACCCCUUAGCAGCUUUAAACCAUAAUUUAUACUGACAAUCAUGCUUCUGGGACAGAAGAUGUCUGAUGAAAUUAUGUCUUUGCUGAGUAUAAGUAUAGACCUGAACUCUGGAAAUACCUGCCAAAUUUCUCAAGUCCACUACACAAAACUAGGAAGAACACACACUGAAGAAACUAUUGAAAACAAGUGAAACACCUAUUUUAUUUGGGCCACAUAGGUAAAUGAUAACUAAAAGAAAGACACACCAGUAUUCUUCCACAGAUGCACAAUAAAAAGGUGAGUCAAAACUGAACAAAGGCUACCUUGGACUAAACACUGCAAGCAGUUCCUCACUUAUGGAGUGUUCAAGACUGCAGUAAGGUGAAUGGCACUCAACUGAAAUGCAGAGAAUGCUAUGGUGUCACUCAGGCAUUUUUACAUUCAGGCAUCUGAUAUCCAUAACACUGAAGAAGGGAACAAUAGCAUUUUACCAAUUUUAAAUAUAUUUUUGAUGCAGUAGCUUUCUAGAAAACUUGCUUCCUUCAAAAGUAUGUGCUUACAAGGGCAAUUUAGUAAUAAGACUGGCUUCCUGGAAUGAAAGAAUGAAAAUCUUCCAAACACUUCAGUUGACUCUAACAUUGGCAUACAAUGAACCCACGUGUAUAUGAUACCAUAGAAACUUACUCUCCCCAAAGGGAGACUACCAACAAGUGUCGUGUUUGCAGCCAAAACCAACACAGCUUUUAAGCUAGAAAGCAUAAAAAGACCUAGAAAGCACUGAAGCACAUGCUUGAAUUUCCAUUCCAAUAAGUACAAGCCUAUGUAGUGCUUUCACAUAACAGUAUUGAUUACAUCAGGCCCUAGGCUCAAUUUUGAGUAUUCAUUUAAUGGGCAUGUUUUUUUUUUUUAAUUCUUUGAAAGGGAAAAAAUAUUCCCAGCGCCUCAGCUCAGCAUUUAACAUAGCCAGCAAGGUGCCUUUAGCAGUGGAAGACAGGAAUGUUUCAGGUGACAGCACAGAGCAUGUGUCUACAGAGACUCUCAAUAUAGGGGCAGAAGGAAGUAGACAUCUCUAGCUCUAAAGCUCCCUACCACUCAAUAAUCUGUAUAUAGAUACACAUUUUCUACUUAUUACACAUACACAGCAAAAGCCUUGUGCAGCAUUUAGUUCCUUAUCUUUUCUAAUGAUUUUGUUCAUUAAGAUUGGGAAAGGUUUGCAAAGGAAACAGGGAGGAGGAAGACAUGAUUUAGGGAAGUGAGGUAUACAACUCCCAUUGACUAAAGCAGGAGUUACCAAAUCUGUGCAUUACAAAAAUAAAUUUAUCAUUUCUGCAGGACUAUGUUAAAGAAUUUUUCCAGUGCAGAAACUUGGUUCUUUGCACUCAUUUAAAGGACAAAGAAAUACAACUUUCAAUACAAAGAAAUACAACUUUGGGGAUCCUUGCAAGACAGCAAAUUAUUUGGCCAUUUAAAGCCUGUGAAGACUGAUAAACCUGUUUUGUCAUAAUAUGCAUCAUCUAAGGUAUGCCAGAGGGGAAAGAGCUUCUCUAUAUCAAUGUUCCAGAUUAGCAAAGCAAUUGUAAUAUGGAUGUGGAUGAGUUUGCUUUUUUUUGGAGGGGAAGUUGUGGGGGUUGGGGGAAGUUUUGUUGGUUUGGUUUUUUUCUUUUUUUAUUCUUUUUAAUAUCAAAAAAUUAUUUUCCUAAGAAAAUCUAAUUUCCACAAUGUGUCUUUACCACCAGUACAAAUGCAGUUACUUUAGGACUGGGAUUAUGAUGUUGUGCUGGUAAAGGUACAUGGAUGAUAAAAGAUGUGGUUUCUAGAUAUCCUAGGAGUGAGUAAUGGAUAAGUACAUCGGUUACAGAAAAAUCUGCCUCAGUCAGAUGCUACUUGUAGAGCAUUUCACUUUCUGUAAGCUUGUAUAGUUCAAACCCAGCAAAGACCAGACAGGAUUCUUCACUACAGCUAAAAAGACAACUAAAAAUACUAUCAAGAAUUAUAAGUAAAUUGAUUUAGAGAAAUUAACAAACAUUUGACUUGAAAUAAAGGAGACCUGUUUUCUAAAUAUCCUUUGGUACGCAAGUUCAAAACCGUGCUAUGAAGAAGUUAAUACUGCUAACUAAUUAAUCUCAUUUAUAUACAGGUAUGAAAAGUAGGUCAGUUUUCAGUUUCUUUUAGAUAUAUAUAUUUACACUCCUACUUACUCAUCUUCAAAGGUAAGCAUAUGUUACACUUUGAUAAAUAUUAUUAGAGUUAUUCCAAAAAUUAAACAUAUUAAGAUAUCACAAAGAAGAUCUUGACAAAUGUAGUGCUAUGAAAUAAAUGUCACUUAAGACUUGUUUCUUCUAAAUUCCUCAUUGGAAUACUAUAAUCUCAAAACUUUGCUUUUUACACUUAAACAAACCUUUGAACAAAACCAAAGGAGAAUCUUAUUUCACCAAUAUUACCUGAAAAUAAAAUGGGAUCCUAAGCUUUAUUGACUUGAGGAAAUCCAAGAAUUAUGAAAGUCAGUUCACCAAUUCACAGUGCACUGCAUAACAGGCUGCAAUUCAACUGACUAAACAGCUGAUCAGAAGAAUUAUUUUCUAUUUUUAAACAUUAUUUUCUAUUUUUAUGCAAAUAAGUUAAACCUAAAAGAAACAACAUACCAGCUAAUGCUCACACUUACAAAUCAUCUUUUAUUUCAAGCUGGUUUUAAACGAAGGCAAAGUGCAGACUUUCACAGCCAUGCAGGUCUUUCCAGAUGGCCUCUGGCAAGGAUGCCAAGCUGUGAUGGUGUACACCUCCCACCCCCAGGGAGCAUCUCAGAUCCAAAGGCCAUGGGUGUUGCCAUUCUACCUGGGGCAUAAAGCAGCGGCUCAGAGCUCACCUGCCCCCUCCUCAUUCUGCUGCUGCUGCUUUGUACUGAGCACAGACCAGCCUUGAGUUUCAGAGCCCAAGAACUGUCCACAUUUAAACUUGGCCCAGGUAUUUGUGAUGAUCACCCAGUGCUUGUGAUGCACUGAAAUUAUGGUAUUCAAAUGUCAAAGGUCUUAAUCAUAAAUUAUUUAAAUUAUUGCAACAUUAUAUUUUACUUAAACUGACACACUAUUUUCAUUAUUCUUUAGUAUUGAAAAAUGUUAAGUCAGCUGUUGUAUAAACGUACCAAACCCACAACAGGAUGUUUUAAAAUGCUUAUACAAACCCCUCUGUGCAAGUGACAAGAAGAAAACUGUGCUCCCACCAAACACUACGUAAGACCUAUCUCCCUUUUUCACUUCAUUCUCAUAACCUAAAACAUUAUCAUUUCCUGCCACCUUCCCCUCCAAAUAAACACUAUGCCUUGUCUAUGCAUUUAAACACAACAUUAAUGCACACCUAUAAAACCCAUCAAUUCAAUGCCCCAACUGAGUGUUUCCAACCUCCCAGAACAGAGAGAGCUCACAUUCUGAGCUGAAAUACUUUUAAACUAUCUACGAAGAGCUCCCCUGAAAUCCUUUCUUCAUGAAAUCAUAAUGGACAAACAUGCUUCACAUUCUCAUGAACAAACUUAAUACUUUCACAGUAUCCUUAGUAUUCUUACUGGAUAGGUAACUGAUUAAAAAUAGUACAUUUCUCUAUAGCUUAUUUGAAAAUAUGGGAUGUGGGUUAAUUUAUAAUUUUUUUACAUAUGUGGAGUAUGAAAAAACCCACACCACUCUACUUUUGGAAGUUUAAUCUUCUCUUGGCAAGUGACUCAGGAAAAUAAUUCUUAUUUUCUCCUAACUUUCCAGACAAUCCAGUCUGUCACAGUGAUUAGGCAGAAUAUUGCAACUAUGUAUAGACCCACUUGUUCACUAAUCUGAUUUAUUAUUUCAUUUACAAAAGUUAAGAAAAUGCAACACAGCUUUCUUUACAAGUACACCAAUCAGCCAUCAAGAGGGAUGUUUUUUUUCCAGUAAAGGGAGUGAGGAGGAGAAAUCAGUUUGAAUGAGACUAACACAACUUGUAAAGAUUAUCCUUUAUCAGGGUAAGAAGAUAUUAUAUUUCUAUUAAGUCAAUAAAUAUUGUGCUUAAAGUUAAUGAAAUGAGAUUAUACAUUAUGUUCCUCAGGUAGUUCAACAACUCCCCAGCCACAGGGCAUAUGUGAUAACAUUUAUGAGAGAUACAACACACAUUGAUUUCAAUAAAUAAAUAAAAAAUAACAAGAAAAGCGAUGGUAGAGGGAAGAAAUGGGGACCCAAAAGGGAACAUAUUAGCUAACAAUCACACCUGCCUUGUAUCUGUGCUCCCCUCACCCCAUGGGAUUUUCUUCUUUUAAUACAUACAUGAAUAUACAUAUAUACAUACACACACAUAUAUACACAUACACACACCUUCGCAUGCUGAUCUGGAAAUUCAUGUUUUCCCUCAGCACCCAGCUUUUCUAACAGUAUAGAGUUUUUCAUUUCAAUCAGUAACAUUAAAAAUUUUCAGAUUGCUAGGAAAAUGCACCCUUUUAUCAUCAUGCAUUGCUAAACAAAAAAAAAAAAAAA